GAGGCGUCCCUCGUGACGACGGGGUGUCGAUGUCGUGUCGUGCUAAAGAAGUCGAUGAAGAAUUGCACGCAUUCCACACCGGCCUGACGUGUGGAUGGUACAUGUCGUGGUCGCUUCUUCGUAGAUGUACUCGAUGAAGAUUUUUUUUUUCUCAGGUAUGAUGUAGUCAUACAACUCGAUGAUGUGGCGCGGGUCGGUGCAGAUCUCUUGGCGAAUAUAGCUUGGUGCAGCGGUUAUGGACAUGGCUCGAAGAUUGUGGUGGGCGACGGUGCAGGUUUGCCGGCUCGAUGCAGAUGUAGUGUAGAACGAUGUCGAUGCAGGAUUGCUAGGUGAGCCGUACGCUGAACCUUGACGUAAUCUUGGGCUCUUCGCCACACGUACGUGUAGAACCCACCUUGGCCAGUACCUGCAUACAUGCAUCUGAGAUAACAUGCGAGUUAAAUCCCUCCCGUGAUCAGAACACCCGGCUGAGAGGCAUCAAGAUUGGUUCAAGCUCUUGCGUGCGGCCGGUGAAGACGAUCGCUCGUUGUAGUCCCGCGCACUGGAGAUCGAUGUAGAUGGCGAGCUGAACUGCUUCGUGUGGAUGCGUCGGAGGCCGGUCACUGGAUGCGUACUGCGUUGGGAGGAGGUCUGAUUGGAUCCGACGCGGCCGGCUGCUGAUCGCCCAUGGGGUGGAUGCAGAUCGGGUCGAUCGGAAGGCACACGCCCGCGGAGCUGACGCCCUGAUUGCUGGCUCUGCAUGUCGUCGUAGAUGGCGCGCUGGACUGCUCGGAGUAGAUUGGCGUCGCGAGGCCGGUCGUCGACGAGGUAGCCUCUGGAUCACGCUAGUGCAGCCUGCCGCGCGUGCUCCACCACGAGCAUCUUGCUGGAUUUUUCUCGCCGGAUUCAAAGGUCACUGGAUUUAUUUGCUGGCUAAAAGGAAUUGAUCGAAACUAGCUAAGGAAUUGAUCUAUUGCUUGUGAACUCGAAAACUGGAUCUAAAACUACAUGACCGAUCAAAUAUUUGAUUGAUCGGGUGCCGCGCCUCCGGGAGAGAUUAAUUUCCCCGGGGGCGGCGAGCUGCGGAAGUGGUGGAAGGUCCUAGGAUCGGCGUUCGUUGGACAAACCGCUCUAAUGUGAAAAUUGUAGUAUGACUAAUGUUUGUUGUUGUAUUGAUCUGACCCUUGUGUAGGGUAUAUAUAGAAGUACAAGAGGGGUAGAGACUUAGAGUACAAGACAAGUUACAUGUGGUUUAAACUAAUUCUAUCUCUAUCUCUUUAUCUCUAACUUAAACCCAAUUAUAUUUCUAACAAUAGCAUCACAUCUAAUGGCUAUAAAAGGUGAAUGAGAUCAAAUUAUAUUUCAUCUAGAUGAGUUCUAGCAAAACUAAGGACGAACUUGGCGUGAAGCCAGCGCCGGUGAUGGCAGACUUCUCGUCCCGUGGGCCAAACACCAUCACUCCUCAGAUCCUCAAGCCUGACGUUACGGCGCCCGGCGUCGACGUGAUCGCCGCGUACAGCGAGGAAGCUCCGGCAACCGACCUGCCUUUCGAGGACCGCCGUGUCCCCUACAACAUGGUGUCCGGCACCUCCAUGUCAUGUCCCCACGUGGCGGGCGUGGCCGGCCUGAUCAAGGCGAAGUACCCUGACUGGAGCCCCGCGAUGAUCAAGUCGGCGAUCAUGACCACCGCAUUCACCGGAGCCAACGACGAGGGCCAAAUCCGGGACGAGACCGGCGCGGCCACCACCCCGUUCAGCUACGGCUCCGGCCACGUGAACCCCGUCCAAGCCCUGGACCCCGGCCUGGUGUACGACACUACGCCGUACGACUACGCAAACUUCCUCUGCUCCAUGAGGCCGACCCAGACGCAGAACCUGCUCCCCUUGUCGAUCCCCUUGCUCCUCCCUCUGCUCGUCGGCGCCAAUGCCAACCCGUUCCAGUGCAGCAUUGGCGCCUACCGCCCCGAGAACCUCAACUACCCAUCCAUCUCCGCGGCUUGCCUCUCCGGCUCCGGCACCACCACGGUGAAGCGCAGGGUGAGGAACGUGGGCGCGGGGCCGUGGCUCCAGUACAAGGUUACCGUCGUGCAGCCGACUGCGGGGGUCAGGAUCACGGUGCAGCCGAGCACGCUGAGCUUCGGUAAAAUCAACGAGGAGGAGUUCACCGUGAAGCUGGAAGUUUACGACACUGCCCCGGCCGCCGGCUACGUGUUCGGCAGCAUUGAGUGGUCGGACGGGAAGCACCGCGUCCGGAGCCCCGUCGUGGCCACCACCAAGUGCGGGUAAGGCAGGGUGAUCAGCUGAGAUUCCUUCAAGCUGGAAUCGGCAAUCAAAAACACCUGUGAUGGCACGCUAAGGUUGACCAUUUGUGUUCGGCUAAACAAAAGAACCGUUGUAAUCUUGUCCCUCCAUGUAUUGCCACAGUGUUGCAUCGAAACGUCAGAACUAAUCUGUAAGGGUAACUUCAGGGCAGGAGCCCAAUAAUGCUACACGCACGGACGAAUACGGACGUUUACGGGGCUGACUAGGAAACCAUCCGACGUGUCGGCGCUGAGGAAUGAAACAGUUAGAAAAAUGGAGAACGUGCCGCUGUUUAC